UUGAAAAAAGCAGGAAAAGGAAAAUAAUAAAUUUUUGGCCCGCAUGUAAACCCUAGCUAUUCUCAUCCACUUCUUCGAACCCUAGGGUGCAGGUAGUUUCGAUCUCCGUUUUCCUUGCUAAGUCGCGCUUCUUGAUCUGGUCGAUACCUCCGAGUUUAGGGGUUUUCCUUGGCUUUGGCUUUUGAUGGUGUAAGGUUCUGGAGCAUCGUGAUUUCGUACCAUUUGCGUGCUAAUGACGCCUAGAGACAAGGAGCUCGAGGACCGGAUCGAGGAAGUCGGCAAUAAACUGACGAGUCCUCCUUCUGACGUGCAACAAUUGCUUCUGCUUCUCGAUAAAUCUGAGAACUUAUUGUCAAGAGUAGAGCAAUGUCCACCGCAGUCAAUGCAUGAUGCUCUCCGCCCUUCUAUGAAGGCAUUAGUUGCUGGGGAUCUUCUCAGACAUUCUGAUUUGGAUGUGAAAAUUGCUGUUUCCUCCUGUCUCAGUGAAAUCACAAGAAUAACGGCUCCAGAUGCUCCAUAUGAUGACGAUCUAAUGAAGGAGAUUUUUGGACUGAUUGUUGGUGCUUUUAAGAAUUUGGACGAGAUGUCAAGUCGGUCAUUUUUGAAGAGAGUUUCAAUACUUGAGACAGUUGCCAAGGUCCGAUCUUGUGUUCUGAUGUUAGACCUUGAAUGUGAUGAUUUGAUUUUGGACAUGUUCAAUCAUUUCCUCAAGACAAUAAGACCUAAGCAUUCGGAUACAGUUUUCUCUUCAAUGGAGACUGUUAUGUCACUUGUUAUAGAGGAGAGUGAAAAUAUUCCAGCAAAGCUUCUUUCAUGUCUCUUGGAUAAUCUCAAAAUUGAUGAGAAGAAUAUCAUGUCCUCAGCAAAGAAGCUUGCAGAGAAAGUACUUGUUAAUUGUUCCUUGAAGUUGAAGCCCUAUUUGGUUGAGGCAUUCAAGGGUAUCUCUGCUCCUCUAAGUGAUUAUAGCAAAAUUGUUGCUGCUGUAUGUCAGGGGAAUCUUGGUACUUUAGUGCAGAAUGAAAUGAAUACUUCUGGUGAAACUCAGGCAGAUGACAGCAAGUUAUCUGAUGGGACUCUUUGUAAUGAGCAGCCUCAGGGAUCUGCAAAACUUGAACUUGAAGUCCUUCCUGGAAAAGUUGUUGCUGAUGCAGACAGAUCUUCCAAAUUAGUUAUGAGCAAUGGUUUUCAGAUGGGGAAUGGGGAUUCCAUGGCUACAGAGCAAAAGGCUGAAUUUUCCCAGUCUGGUGUUCAAUCGAGGGAUAAUGAUGGAUCGAGGUUAGGUGAUUCUGAUAACUUGGGCUCUGGUGAUGCAAAGCUGGAUGAUGGAUUGAAUCCUAGUUCUCGGAAAGGAAAAAAAAGAAAAGCUUUGGUUAAGUUGGUGGUUAAUAAUGAUCAUAAGCAGACUGAUGAUGAGAAAGGAACACCGAUUAUUACUGGCAGGAGAAAAGGCCGCAGUAAGGAAGCUGAGUUGUCUCAAGUUGAUGGCAUCUCUUUUAAGGAAGAAACAGCAGCUUGCUCAAAACCUGGAAAGAAGAAUAAGAUUGAGCCUACUCCUGGAUUGGCUGAAGUUUCCUCUUCUGUUUCUUUGCAUACACCUAAUGAGCAUGAUGGGAUUCGUUCUAGAAAGGGACGACUCCCUCGAUCAAAAAAACCAUCUGUUAAAAGAAAUGCUUCUGACAAAGCUGCAGUGGAGGGUUCAUCUAAUGCGUCUGGACAUGAGAGAAUUUUGGAAAGCAGCCAAACGACAGGUGGAGAUUUUCCUAUAAGUGAGCUGAGCUCAAAGAAGUCAGAGGUCAUCAGUGAAGCAGAAAGAAAUCCAUUAAAAAUAUCUGCCAGUAAAUCACACACACUUGUUGAGGAUAGCAAAACCACCCCAACACCUACAUGUGAUUCUGAAACAAAACAUCAGAGACAGAGAGGUAGAAGUGGAUCUCAAAGAGAAGUUAAAGAAGGAGAUUUUUCAGGACAGAAGAAAAGUGCUGGUACUAAGCAGCAAAAAGGAGGCGGCGUACAUGUUGAUGAAGAAGAUAAAGAAGUGAAAUUGAAGGAAUUGGUUUCUUCUCGAAAAUUAACAAUGAAAGAAUCUAUCAAGGAUCAGAGCCACCUGAAGGAUUCUAAUGAAUCAAAAUCUAGGCAGAAGCAUGCUGGAACUACACCAGAGCUGACUGUUGGAACUCCAAAACGACGGAAAAGUAACGAGAAGCUUAUCGGUUCCAAGAUAAGAGUUUGGUGGCCAGACGAUGAAAGAUUUUAUGAUGGAGUUGUUGAUUCUUUUGAUCGAAGUACAAAGAAGCAUAAGAUUUUGUAUAAUGAUGGUGAUGUAGAGAUUUUGCUCCUGAAGAAAGAGAAAUGGGAGUUCAUUGAAGCUGAAACCAAGACUGGUGGGGAAAAUAAUAACCCAGAUAUCAAUGUUUCAGAUGUAAAGAAUAAGAAAUCAAAAGGUCGCCGAGGCAAUGCUCCAGAUAAAACAAAGACUGAUCUUCCGUUGAAUAGCAGCCCAGAUUCUACCAUCAAAACUGAAUCAAAUGAUAAGACUCCCAAGCGUAAAGGGAUGCCUUCUGUUAACGCACUUAGUGAUGAGACCCCAAAGAAAUCCAGCAAAGGAAGAGGAAGGUCUGGGAACAGACAUUCAGACAAGACCCGCAAAGACAAGAAUCAGUUAUCUGAGACUGCAAACAAGUUAGACAAUGAAAAACUAGCUCAAACUAUUAAGCCCGACCCAUCGAAAUCUGCAGACAAGGUUGACAAUGAUAAAUCCAAAUCUGGGAGCAAUGUUGGCACCGGUACUCCGAAGAUUCGCAGAAAAUCAAAGGUAGACUCCUCCAGAUCCAGUGUGAAGUCCAAAAUUGGUCCUAAGUCCAGAAAGAAAUCAAGUGAUGCCCAUGAUUCUGGAGUUAAAUCUAAGGAUGAAGACUCCCCCGCCCCCGCUAAGACUAAAUCUUCUGCUGACUCCCCCGCCCCCGCUAAGACUAAAUCUUCUGCUGAAGGCCGUCAAAAGCCUGGUGGGAGACCAGGGAAGGGCUCUAGCCGGAAAGCACCAGCUGGCUCAACAACACCCAGAACCAGCAGAAAUUUGAAUGCAAAUGACACACCCAAGAGUGAUCAACCAAAAGUUGAAGAGGCUGAUACUAGAAGUACCACUGGGAAGAAGCGCAAGCGGGGAAAGCUUGGCAGGUAAUCAUGGCGGCAAAAUUUGGGGUAAUAUGACCUUUGAAUAUUCAUGGGGUUGAAAAUAUGCUUUUAUCAGCUAAUGAAGGGCUUGUUAUAUUAUACUUGUCCUUUUUUUUUCACUUAAGAUUUAGUUUAGAGAUGCAAAGUUCUCCGUAUGUGAUGUUUGAACUUCAGUUUAUUUUGUCCUAUGGUCUGUGGGAAGUAGUAAUAUUACUAUAUUAGCGAUUGCGUUGCCUAUUUUCCAAUGUUGUUUUAGAGUCCCAUCAAGAUAUGAAGAUCUAAAGUGUUGCUGAUGUUCAUUAAAGCUGAUUUUUAAUCUUUACUAA